GUCAGUUUGAGGAGAGGGAGGAAAAUGGCCGUCGGGCUUGGUGAGGGCGAAGCGCUGGAAGCCUCAGUCUCUCCCUUUCCCGUCUUCUGACAGCGUCUGCCACAGAGCAGGCCCUUUCCCUUCGAGCUGCCUGCGCGGUCCUUAGGCCGGAUUGUGAGACGUAUUGGAAUAAAGAUAAAUACAGCUUUCUGUGAAGAUGUCAGUUCUGAUAUCACAGAGUGUAAUAAAUUAUGUAGAGGAAGAAAACAUUCCUGCCCUCAAAGCUCUUCUUGAAAAAUGCAAAGAUGUAGAUGAGAGAAAUGAGUGUGGCCAGACCCCAUUGAUGAUAGCUGCUGAGCAAGGCAAUCUGGAAAUAGUGAAAGAGUUAAUUAAGAAUGGAGCUAAUUGCAAUCUGGAAGAUUUGGAUAACUGGACAGCGCUUAUAUCAGCGUCAAAAGAAGGGCACGUGCACAUUGUGGAAGAACUGCUUAAAUGUGGGGUCAACUUGGAGCACCGCGAUAUGGGAGGAUGGACAGCUCUUAUGUGGGCAUGUUAUAAAGGCCGUACUGAAGUGGUAGAGUUACUUCUUUCUCAUGGUGCCAAUCCAAGUGUCACUGGUUUGCAGUACAGUGUUUACCCAAUCAUUUGGGCAGCAGGGAGAGGCCAUGCAGAUAUAGUGCAUCUUUUACUGCAAAAUGGUGCUAAAGUCAACUGCUCUGAUAAGUAUGGAACUACCCCUCUUGUUUGGGCUGCACGGAAGGGUCAUUUGGAGUGUGUUAAACAUUUAUUGGCCAUGGGAGCUGAUGUUGAUCAAGAAGGAGCUAAUUCAAUGACUGCACUGAUUGUGGCAGUAAAAGGAGGCUACACACACUCAGUAAAAGAAAUUUUGAAGAGGAAUCCAAAUGUAAAUUUAACAGAUAAGGAUGGAAAUACAGCUUUGAUGAUUGCAUCAAAGGAGGGACAUACAGAGAUUGUACAGGAUCUCCUCGAUGCCGGAACAUAUGUGAACAUACCUGAUAGGAGUGGAGAUACUGUGUUGAUUGGCGCUGUCAGAGGUGGUCAUGUGGAAAUCGUUCGAGCACUUCUCCAGAAAUAUGCUGAUAUAGACAUUAGAGGACAGGACAACAAAACUGCUUUGUAUUGGGCUGUAGAGAAAGGAAAUGCAACAAUGGUGAGAGAUAUCUUACAGUGCAAUCCUGACACUGAGAUAUGCACAAAGGACGGUGAAACACCACUUAUAAAGGCUACCAAGAUGAGAAAUAUUGAAGUAGUAGAGCUGCUGCUAGAUAAAGGAGCUAAAGUAUCUGCUGUAGAUAAGAAAGGAGACACUCCUUUGCAUAUUGCUAUUCGUGGGAGGAGUCGGAAACUGGCAGAACUUCUUUUAAGAAAUCCCAAAGAUGGGAGGUUACUUUAUAGGCCCAACAAAGCAGGCGAGACUCCCUACAACAUUGAUUGUAGCCAUCAAAAAAGUAUUUUAACUCAAAUAUUUGGAGCCAGACACUUGUCUCCUACUGAAACAGACGGUGACAUGCUUGGCUAUGAUUUGUAUAGCAGUGCGCUGGCAGACAUUCUCAGCGAGCCUACCAUGCAGCCACCCAUUUGUGUGGGGCUGUAUGCACAGUGGGGAAGUGGGAAAUCCUUCUUACUGAAGAAACUAGAAGAUGAAAUGAAGACUUUUGCAGGACAACAGAUUGAACCUCUUUUUCAGUUUUCCUGGCUUAUAGUAUUUCUGACCUUGCUGCUUUGUGGAGGGCUUGGUUUAUUGUUUACUUUUACAGUCGACCUGAAUCUUGGGAUAGCAGUAUCAUUGAGCUUCUUGGCUCUCUUAUAUAUAUUUUUUAUUGUCAUUUACUUUGGUGGACGAAGGGAAGGAGAGAGUUGGAAUUGGGCUUGGGUCCUCAGCACUAGAUUGGCAAGACAUAUUGGAUAUUUGGAGCUCCUCCUCAAAUUGAUGUUUGUAAACCCACCUGAAUUGCCUGAGCAGACCACUAAAGCUUUACCUGUGAGGUUUUUGUUUACAGAUUACAACAGGCUGUCCAGUGUAGGUGGAGAAACAUCGAUGGCUGAAAUGAUCGCAACUCUCUCGGAUGCCUGUGAGAGAGAGUUUGGCUUUUUGGCAACCAGGCUCUUUCGAGUAUUCAAGACUGAAGAUACACAGGGCAAAAAGAAAUGGAAAAAAACAUGUUGCCUGCCAUCUUUUGUCAUCUUCCUUUUUAUCUUUGGCUGCAUUAUUGCUGGAAUUACUCUCCUGGCUAUCUUCAGAGUUGACCCAAAACAUCUGACAGUGAAUGCUGUCCUCAUAUCAAUCGCGUCAAUAGUGGGAUUGGCCUUUGUGCUGAACUGUCGUACAUGGUGGCAGGUGCUGGACUCUCUCCUGAAUUCUCAAAGGAAACGCCUCCAUAAUGCUGCCUCAAAACUGCACAAACUGAAAAGUGAAGGAUUCAUGAAGGUUCUUAAGUGUGAAGUGGAACUGAUGGCCAGGAUGGCAAAAACCAUUGACAGCUUCACUCAGAAUCAGACAAGGCUGGUGGUUAUCAUUGAUGGAUUAGAUGCCUGCGAGCAGGACAAAGUACUCCAGAUGCUGGACACUGUCCGAAUUCUCUUUUCAAAAGGCCCAUUCAUUGCCAUUUUUGCAAGUGAUCCACAUAUUAUUAUAAAGGCAAUUAACCAGAACCUCAACAGUGUGCUUCGUGACUCAAAUAUAAAUGGACAUGACUAUAUGCGCAAUAUAGUUCAUUUACCUGUUUUCCUUAAUAGUCGUGGACUAAGCAAUGCAAGAAAAUUUCUUGUGACUUCAACAACAAAUGGGGACAUUCCAUGCACAGAUAAUGCAGGGAUACAGGAAGAUGCUGACAGAAGAGUUUCACAAAACAGCCUUGGAGAGAUGACUAAACUCGGGAGCAAGACAGCCCUUAACAGGCGGGAUACUUACCGAAGAAGGCAGAUGCAGCGGACCAUUACUCGGCAGAUGUCCUUUGAUCUUACAAAACUGCUGGUUACCGAGGACUGGUUCAGUGACAUAAGUCCUCAGACCAUGAGAAGAUUACUUAAUAUUGUUUCUGUGACAGGACGAUUACUGAGAGCCAAUCAGAUUAGUUUCAACUGGGACAGGCUUGCUAGCUGGAUCAACCUUACUGAGCAGUGGCCAUACCGAACUUCAUGGCUCAUAUUAUAUUUGGAAGAGACUGAAGGUAUUCCAGAUCAAAUGACAUUAAAAACCAUCUAUGAAAGAAUAUCAAAGAAUAUUCCAACAACUAAAGAUGUUGAGCCACUGCUUGAAAUAGAUGGAGAUAUAAGAAACUUUGAAGUGUUUUUGUCUUCAAGGACCCCAGUUCUUGUGGCUCGAGAUGUAAAGACCUUUUUGCCAUGUACUGUAAACCUAGACCCCAAGCUACGGGAAAUUAUUGCAGAUGUUCGCGCUGCGAGAGACCAGAUUAAUAUCGGAGGACUUGCGUAUCCUCCACUGCCUUUACAUGAAGCUCCACCGAGACCACCGUCAGGCUACAGUCAGCCUCCAUCUGUCUGUUCUUCUUCCACUUCCUUCAAUGGACCAUUUGGAGGUGGGGUCGUGUCACCACAGCCUCAUAGCAGCUAUUACAGUGGGAUGACAGGACCUCAGCAUCCGUUCUACAACAGACCAUUCUUUGCCCCCUACCUUUACACGCCAAGGUAUUACCCUGGCGGCUCCCAACACCUCAUCUCACGUCCAUCAGUAAAAACGAAUUUGCCCAGAGAUCAGAGCAAUGGCCUAGGGUCAGGCCCAGCCUCAGGAGCAGUGAUAUCACUGAAUUCAAUGAAUGUGGAUGCAGUAUGUGAGAAACUGAAACAAAUAGAAGGGCUGGACCAGAGUAUGCUGCCUCAGUAUUGUGCAACCAUCAAAAAGGCAAACAUAAAUGGCCGUGUCUUAGCUCAGUGUAACAUUGAUGAACUGAAGAAAGAGAUGAGUAUGAAUUUUGGGGACUGGCAUCUUUUUAGAAGCACAGUACUAGAAAUGAGAAAUGCAGAAAACCAAGUGGUCCCUGAAGACCCACGUUUACUUAGUGAGAACAACAGUGGCCCAGUUCCUCAUGGUGAAUCUGCUCGUCGCUCUUCACACAAUGAAUUGCCUCAUACCGAGCUUUCCAAUCAAACUCCCUACACACUGAACUUUAGCUUUGAAGAACUGAAUACACUUGGCCUAGAUGAAGGUGCCCCACGUCACAGUAAUCUAAGUUGGCAGUCACAAACUCGCAGAACCCCAAGUCUUUCGAGUCUCAAUUCCCAGGAUUCCAGUAUUGAAAUUUCAAAGCUUACUGAUAAGGUGCAGGCCGAGUAUAGAGAUGCCUAUAGAGAAUAUAUCGCUCAGAUGUCUCAGUUAGAAGGGGGUACAGGCUCCACAACAAUCAGCGGCAGGUCUUCUCCACAUAGCACAUACUACAUAGGUCAGAGUUCAUCAGGGGGCUCUAUUCAUUCUAAUCUAGAACCAGAGAAAGGGAAGGAUAGUGAACCAAAGCAAGAUGAUGGAAGGAAGUCAUUUUUAAUGAAGAGGGGAGAUGUUCUAGAUUAUUCUUCAUCAGGGGUUUCCACUAAUGAUGCCUCACCCCUGGAUCCUAUUACUGAAGAAGAUGAGAAAUCUGAUCAGUCAGGUAGUAAGCUUCUCCCAGGCAAGAAGUCCUCAGAAAGGUCAAGCCUCUUCCAGACAGAUUUGAAGCUUAAGGGAGGUGGACUGCGCUAUCAAAAACUUCCAAGUGAUGAGGAUGAAUCUGGGACAGAAGAAUCAGAUAAUACUCCACUGCUCAAAGAUGAUAAAGAUAAAAAAAUUGAAGGCAAAGUAGAGAGAGUAUCAAAGUCUCCAGAACACAGUGCUGAGCCAAUUAGAACCUUCAUUAAAGCAAAAGAAUAUUUGUCAGAUGCCCUCCUUGACAAAAAGGACUCAUCCGAUUCAGGAGUGAGGUCCAGCGAAAGUUCUCCCAAUCACUCUCUUCACAAUGAAGGGGCUGAUGAUUCCCAGCUUGAAAAGGCAAAUCUCAUUGAGCUUGAAGAUGAUAGCCACAGUGGAAAACGGGGAAUACCACAUAGCUUGAGUGGCCUGCAAGAUCCAAUUAUAGCUCGGAUGUCCAUUUGUUCUGAAGACAAGAAAAGCCCUUCCGAAUGUAGCUUGAUCGCCAGCAGUCCUGAAGAAAACUGGCCAGCGUGUCAAAAAGCCUAUAAUCUGAAUCGAACACCCAGUACUGUGACUCUGAACAACAACAGUGCCCCAGCUAACAGAUCCAAUCAGAAUUUUGAUGAAAUGGAAGGAAUGAGGGAGACUUCCCAAGUCAUUCUGAGGCCUGGUUCCAGUUCCAACCCAACUGCUAUUCAGAAUGAAAACCUAAAAAGCAUGACGCAUAAGCGAAGCCAACGUUCAAGUUACACAAGGCUCUCCAAGGAUUCUUCAGAACUUCACGCAGUGGCCUCUGCUGAUAGUGCAGGCUUCGGAGAGGAAAGAGAAAGCAUUCUUUAAGAGAAAUAAGCAAAAGCAGAAUAGUAUUAUACCCCAUGACAGAAUUGACCUGAGUUUAUAGUGAAACCAUCCAUGCAUGUCAUCUUUGUAUUUCAUUCACAAAUAAUUAACGAAUGGGAAAGUCUUUGGUAAAAAAAAACAUACACUCUACAACAGAGGAAAGUAUAAGAAAGGGUGGUUGAUCAGUCAGCCUCUGCUGUCUUUGUAAUUAGAAGCUUAAAAACUCGUUGUUAUUGGAACUUUCAUUGGCACACAACCCCAUAAAAUUUUUUGAGACAAGAUCUAAGUAUAAAGAUAGGUCAGAAAUAUUAUUAGAUAGAAAGGGCGUGAUUUGCCAAAGAAAAUGGAAAGCUAGACACCCCUUUUGUACAACAUUCAUUCAUCAGAUAUUCAAAGGAAGACAUGGUGUUAGACGAACCAGAAGCAAAUUUUGCUCUUAGAGGGUAGAAGAUAAGAAUUUGUAGGUUAUGGAGUAGCCCAGAGACUAAAUGCUCUAUAAAUUGAGAACCAGUGUUGUAUAUAAUAGACAUAUUGUUUAACAAGGGCUUUAAAAAUUGAUAAGAAGAUGAAUGAACAGUGCUCAAAAUAGAGCCCCAGUGACAAGACCUUUUUGAGCUUUUAGGAGAGUGGCCUGUGGGCUCGCCUCCAAAUCCCAGACCUGGCUAUAAGCACCAUCCACCAGCUUGAGAACCCAUGCUGGUCUCUCCUGUGACUCUUAAAUGGUGUGCCCAACUUUUCUUAGCCUAGCAAUGAGAGGGAAAAACGUGAAUUCUUUCUCUGGAGAAUCAGGGAGACAUGGGUAAUAAUAGGCUCUAAUAAAUAUUCAUGGACCAAGAGAAUAAGGAAAUAAUUACAUCAGAAAGGUCAGUGUCACUUGACAGAUGACAAGGAAAUAUUUAAUUAGGUAAAACUAAAUUAUUGUCUUCUAUGCCAGAGUAGAGUAUGUCUAUCUACUUCAUCUAUUCCAAAACUAGCAUGCUAACCCCAGGGGAGGACCAUAAGAAAGGAUAUACUUCUUUAAAAUAUUUUAAAAUGUAACAAAGCAAGGGUAAAAAGCAGAUAAAACUGGUGAGACUUUCCAUUUAUUGUUAGCAGGGUUAAGAGAAUGAUCACAUAUAAGUAUUGUAUGGACUAGAAGUGGACCCUGUCAUCAUGCAUUGAAUUUUUUUGUUGUUUUAACUUAGCCUAUUUAUGUAGAAUUAAUUUUGGCAGUAUAUCCUCAGUCACAGAUAAGAUCGUAGAUGGUGAGAUCGUAGAAUGUGCAAUUACCCAAAUUUAGUGUUACAUUUGUGAUGGUUUUCACUUAAUAGAUUUUUAUUAAUACACUGAAUAAAUUAUUUAGUUGACCAGUCAUUGCACUAAAUAGUUGCUGUUUGGGUUUCAUUGCCUUGAUGUUUGAGAAUAAUCUAACAUUUCCUUAAAGUGUUUAUUUCGCAUGACUUUAACAAAUGGUUUUAACCAAUUAAAAAAAGGCAGGAUGUUAUUGACAUUAUAUAUUGAAAUGUUAACAUUUUAGUAUUUAUAGUGCUUUAGUUCACAAUAUUGUAUAAUUAGUAAUUAUUUCAGAGGCGAUAUUUUGUUCUUUUUCCGGUGAGUAGAUGCAGCUUGAUAGCUUGUUAAGAUUGUCGUACAUUCUUUAUGCUGUUUGUGAAGUUAAUACUAGAGUAUUAAGUGUACAAAUAGAUUUAGAAAACAAUAAAAAAAUUGCAUGUUA